AAAAAAGCAACUUCAACUUCGUUUGUGUAUUGUUUAUUUCCUUGUUUUGGAGCGAUAUCUGAGUUUUGAAAUCCGAGUUAUUCUUCGAUUCACGAUGAGGGACCUAGAUAGAUGGAAAGUUUCUUCUAAAACUGGAAAAGGGACUGUUUGUGGUUUGCCUACAGAAAUUGUCAUAACAGAAUUUCGGAACAAAUUCUUCAUUUUAGUCACUGAUAGCGGUAAAAUUGGUUCACUGGUUCAAGUUUUACAAGAAACUUCUGGGUCUGAAAACAUUUGCACUUCUAGAGUUUUCUUUGGAAAAGAUACACCUGAAAUACAAGCUGUAGCAUGUGCCUUAGCUGAAACAUGCAAAUUUCCAAAACCUGUGGUUUUUGGUCUUUCUUUAAAAAAUUUUUCUGCUUCUAGUGUAAAAGAUCUAAAGACUCUACUUAGUGUAGUUUUUGAAAAAUCUUCAGGAGAAACUGAGCAACCUUGUCGCUAAAAUCUUUAUAUACUUAGUUAAUUUGUAAUUAUAUAUGAAAGAGUGAAAAUAAAUUUGUUCAAUUUUUA